GAAAAAACUGGAGAGAAAUAAAAAAGGAGUAUAAAGUGGGGGCAUUUGAGACACACACAUGUAACCAUGUUGUCCAUGAAGAUGAACAUUUACUAGUCUACCCCCACAACCAAACCACUCCAUUACAGAGUUGGAUGUCUCCUAGCUAGCUAGUCCCAAGCAUCUAUUAUCUAUCUGGUGGAGAAAGCUUUGUCUUUGAUCUCACAACAACAACGAAAAUCAGAUCUUUAUAGUGGGAAUAAGAGGGUCAUGAAAUCGGCUUCCAUUAUUGACGAGUUCGACCUCGACCUGUCGCUGGGCAUGAACAACGGCUGUGGCGGCAGCUGCUCGGAUGAAUCCGCCGGAAACAGUAAUAAUAAUAGCUACAAUGAGUUGCCGCCGGCGACGACGAGGAGUAGUAGCCCAAGAGUUUUCACAUGCAAUUUCUGCAAGAGGGGAUUUUAUAGCUCCCAGGCGCUGGGGGGACAUCAGAACGCCCACAAAAGGGAGCGGUCGCUGGCCAAGAGAGCCAUGCGAAUGGCCGCCAUCUUCUCCGGCGACCACAAACAUCAUCAUCCGGCCACCUUCCCAUCUCCAGGCUUGUUACAUACCUACUCAUCUCCCACCACCAGGUCUCUAGAAAUCAAAGCCCAUUCUUUUAGUAAUGGGUUUGACCCAACAAUGAGCCCACUCGAUUACAGAGCCCACUCAGAGUUUGAACCCGGUUUACAUACCCAACCAGUAUGUGUGGGUGAUGAUGGAAUGAAGAAGCAGCUUCUUGGGAAGGACAUGGCUGCACCAGACCUAACCCUAAGGCUCUGACAACUUUGCCACUAAUGGCAUGUUCUUUUGACAUCAAUUUUGGGUGUCAUAAUAUGACUCCGGCAUCUUACAGUGCACCCGGAACGAAGUAGGUGAUACCACUCUGUUAACUUUCACACUCUCCAGUCUCUAAAAAAAUACCGAAAUGCUAUAGCAAUACUUUAGCAUUAAUUUAGUGUUUCGAAAAGGCCAGAGGGAGGGGGGGCAAGGAUUACGAAGGUAGAACCGGUUUCGGGGUCCAACGGGACAUUGUAAAACAUUUAAAUAGUCAUAAUAUGACAUAAAAAUGGAUAUGAGAAAGAACCUAGCUCAAUAUAUGGCAUAUCAUCACCUUUGGUAUUUAAUUUGUGUUUUUGAAGAUGUUUUUUAGUGGAGAGGAUAAUGUGUUAGAUAUUUGGAAUCUUAUUAGUUCAAUGCUUGUUUUUGAUAGGGGAAAAUUUGGUGGAUGUAUUCAUUGUAAAUUUAUUAUCAUACCUUACUUUGUGCAUGUGAUUAAAUACAUAUAAUUUGU